GUCCAUCCCAAGUUGGAAGGCGCGAACGAGGACAAGCUCUUGGAAGGAGGGGGGAUCUAGGCCUAGUCAAGCAGCUUCAGAACAUCUUCUCAGCCUCCCCGCCUCUGCAGUCUUCAACAGGAGGCCAUCGUCGGGUCACGCGACUGUCUGGGCACUUUCAUCUUUCUCCUCUCCCUCCUUUCCCUAGAAUAACAAAGGCCUUGUCCCCGGUCGCCCGCCAUCUAUACAGCCAGCACACCACAUCACAGGCGGCUCCCUCAUGCGCUAAGACGGUGUAUUGCAACUUCAGAUGACAGGACGGCCCAACUUUGCGUAGCCGAUACCACCACAUUCAUUCGCACACCUGAGGAGGGGGGAACUGUCCGCUGGCGAUCAUCUUGAAACUCCACAACAACCGACUCUCAGUCUCAUCACCCACCACCCGCCUCAGCUCACGCGACACCCCUUGCGCUCAGCCACGCGCUCAACUGCCACGACGCCUUGUCAAUAUGUCGCUGGUGCCUCUCGUGCUCUCCGUCCUUGCUGGCGUUGUCACCACACUCGUCGCCGCCUUGGGCAUUAACUUUGUCACGCGUUUGCUUCCAACCCGUUACCACGCGGCUGAGAACCCCAAAGAUGACCACAUCCAGAUCUUGGUGCUGGGCGACAUAGGCCGCAGCCCUAGGAUGCAGUACCAUGCCCUGAGUGUCAUGAAGCAUGGAGGAAAGGUCGACCUCGUCGGCUACAAAGAGACGGCUCGCCACCCGGACCUCGUCGGCAACGAGAGAGUUGCUCUAUACCCCCUGCCUCCCUUACCGACCGUCUUCAAAUGGAACACCUUGCCGUUCCUCAUCAAUAAGCCCGCCAAGGUGGUCUGGCAAGCCUGGUCCAUCUUCUACGUCCUGGCCUACACGGCGCCACCAGCCCGAUGGAUCAUCAUUCAGAACCCCCCGUCCAUCCCGACCCUGCACCUAGCUUUGCUCGUGUCUCUUCUGAGAGGAAGUCAUCUCCUCAUUGACUGGCAUAACUACGGCUGGUCUAUCAUGGCCACCGGCCGCAGCCAGAAGAACCCUCUGGUGUGGAUCUACAAGAAGUAUGAGACAUACUUUGGCAGAAUCGUGCCCACCGCCAAUCUCACCGUUACCGACGCCAUGGCCCGCCAGCUCAAAGAGAAGCCCUACAGCUUCAAGAAGCCCAUUUUCACCCUGCACGACCGUCCGGCCGAGGUGUUCCGACCCAUCGAGUCAUCCGAGUCAAGACUCGCUUUUCUCUCACGCCUCAAAGAGACCAAAGACGUCGCCCAACAAAUCAUCGAUGGCACCACCCGCCUUAUUGUCAGCAGCACCUCCUGGACACCCGACGAGGACUUUGGCCUGCUCCUGGAUUCCCUCGUCGCCUAUGCGCACCCGGAAGAAGCCGUCACCGAUAACGGCGCCGGGCGGCACCCUAUCCUGGCCAUCAUCACCGGCAAGGGCCCCCAAAAGGCCGAGUACGAGGAGAAGAUCAAGAACCUCCGCCUCGAGGGCAAGCUCCCCGGCAUCACGAUCCUGACCGCCUGGCUGUCCACCCGCGAGUAUGCCACACUCCUCUCCUGCGCCGACCUCGGCGUCUGCCUGCACAAGUCGAGCUCCGGAGUCGACUUGCCGAUGAAAGUGGUCGACAUGUUCGGCUCGGGUCUACCUGUGGCAGCGUAUUCUGCGUACGAGAGCUUCGGCGAGCUGGUCAAGGAGGGCGUGAACGGAUGCGGCUUUGAAACGGCCACAGAGCUGGCCGAGGUUUUGACAAGGCUGUUGAGUGAGGGCGGCAAGGACGAGCUGAGGAGUCUGAAAGCAGGGGCUGCGAAGGAAGGCAGCCUGCGCUGGGACGAAGAAUGGGACCGCGUCGUAGGACGUGUCGUAGGAGUGAUUGACAGUUGAAGUGCCUAGUCUUGCAGUUGUUUAUGAGGACAGACUCCACAAGACUUGUCUACAUACAUAUGCGUAAUAUCCCAUAAUUGGGACAAUUUCAAAUGGAGUUAUCAUCCAGAGACACCAAUAGUUGCCAGAGUUGCCAACAAGAAAACGGAACUUUGACAAUGAAGGAAACAAGAGAAGCCC